AUGACACCAGAAUACAAAACUCCCGAUGAGGUGCCAACUGCCACACAGCAUGUUGAAAUUAUCACUGACGAAGGGCUCCACAAAUCCGACCCAGCUAUUGAUGCUGUGACAAGAGGACAGGUGACAACCGGAUAUGAGGAACUAGGUGUCCUGGAGACAAUUAAAACCUUCAAAGUCUGCACCCUCGUUUGCUUUGCAAUGGCUUUCAGUGCAGCAACCGACGGGUAUCAGAUUGGAAUAAAUGCUAGUAUUAUUGCAAAUACUGGGUUUGUCUCCCGCUUUGCGACCAUCAUCGCUGCCAAAACUGGAAAGCCCGCCCUUGCAUCGCCUAUACUCAGUGGCUGGAGCUCAAUCAUGUCUUGCGGCCAAAUUGUUGGAAUGACAACUUUACCCUUUCUUUCCAGCAGAUAUGGAAGGAAAAUUGCAAUGUACACAUACUGGGUGAUUCUGGUGGGAAGUGUGCUUACCGAGUGUCUCGCAAAAUCCUGGCAAAGCUGGCUGGUAGCAAAGUUCCUGGCAGGGAUCGGAGUGGGAUGUUUACAGUCAACUGUACCAACAUACAUAUCAGAGGUUGCCCCUAUUCGCAUUCGUGGAGGCUUAUUGAUGUGUUAUAGCUUCUGGUGGUCACUAGGCUCAUUUUUUGCCCAAGUGGCUCUCCAGCACUUGUCAAAAGAUGAUCCAACCAACUAUCUGACACCAAUCUACACCCAGUGGGCACAGAUCGGGAUCAUGUUUCUCAUCUAUAUAUCUGUCCCAGAGUCACCUGCAUGGUGUGUGAAUGCUGGUAAGAUUGAUCAAGCAAAGAAAGAACUCCUCAAGCUCAACCAGGGAGUGCCAAACUAUGACUUGGAGCGGCAGGUUCAGGUAUUGACCAUGGCUGUUGAGCAUGAGCGUCAUGUUGCAGCAGAGCAGCGUCGUGAGAAGUGGUACAGCAUAUUCCAAGGAGUCAAUGGCCUUCGAACUGUUAUUUCCUGUUGGACCAACCUCACUCAGCAGUUGAUUGGCCUAAGUCUCUUUGGGACGUUUGGAACCUACUUCUUCCAACAGGCCGGACUCGCUGAGCCUUUCAAGAUCAAGGUCAUUACAAACUCAAUUCAAAUUGCAACUGUGCUCGUCAUUGUUGUUGUAGCCGACCGCUUGGGUAGAAGAAUACUUGCCUGCUCUGGAACGACACUUUGUUGGGUGUCAUGCGUGGCGAUUGGAAUUAUUGGUAGUUGUCCUCAAGUGAAAGCAACAACCUAUGUUUUCAUCCUGUUUGCUUGUCUCUGGAACUGCGGAUUGGCCAUCAAUGGCGCUACUGGUUGGGGAUACAUCGGAGAAAUCUCCUCUCAACGUCUCAGACCAUAUACGGCCGGCUUUGGUGCAGCUAUAACGUGUGUAGCUGGGGUUGUGAUGAAUGUUCUUGUCCCUUACAUGACAAACAGCAGCAAAUGGAAUUGGAGUUUAAAGACAGGGUGGUUCUAUGCCGGUGUUGGCUUUCCAUUCGUGGUUGGCAUGUGGUUGCUGAUCCCCGAGACAGCUGGGCGAUCUGCAGCUGAAUUGGAUGAGUUGUUUGAGCGAAAGAUCAAGCCUUGGAGGUUCCACAAGACCGAGACGGCGACCCAGCGACUUGUCUUCGAAAGUACUAGCAAUCCGGAGAAGAAUUAG